UCUUCUCAUCUCUACCUUAUCUAUUUUGUUCAGUUACCAGCCAAAUAGCAACAAUGAUAAACCAUCUUCAAGGUCUUUUAAACAGUCACUUGAAUCCCGGUCUAACCAAACAAGAAGAACAAGCUGACCAAGAAAUGAUGAGCUUACAAGCAUUGAAGAUCACAACCACAUUGGCUUUCCCCAUGGUUUUCAAAGCUGCUUUAGAGCUAGGCGUCUUUGACACAAUUGCUGCCAACGGCAAAGAUGCGUGGCUCUCGUCUUCAGAAAUAGCUUUUGGUCUACCAACCAAGCCCACCAACCCGGAGGCGCCAAUGUUGCUAGACCGGAUGUUACGGUUACUCGUCAGCCACUCGGUCUUGAAGUGUCGUAUAGUUGAAACCGGAGAAAACAAUCUAACUGGAAAGAUCCAAAUGGUAUAUGCAGCCGAGCCGGUUUGCACGCUUUUCUUAAAACAUGGUCAUGAGUCGGGUUCACUCAUGUCCCUAUUCAUGGUGCACCAUAGCCAAGUCUUUUUCGAAACUUGGACACAUUUGAAAGAUCUGAUACAAGAAGGAAAAGAUACAUUCAUUUCUGCUCAUGGCAUGAGGAUCUUUGAAUACAUCGGUUUGAAUGAACAAUUCGCUUGUAUGUUUAACCAUGCAAUGUCAGAAUCUUCUACCAUGAUCAUGAAGAAGAUUUUAGAAGUUUACAGAGGAUUCGAAGAUAUUAAAACUUUGGUGGAUAUUGGAGGAGGACUUGGCACCACACUAAAUCUGGUUACUUCCAAGUAUCCUCAUAUUAAGGGUAUCAAUUUCGACUUAGACAUGGUUUUAGCUCAAGCUCCUCUUUAUCAAGGUGUGGAGCAUGUAGCAGGAGAUAUGUUUAUAGAAGUUUCAAAAGGAGAUGCUAUCUUUAUGAAAUGGAUACUACAUGACUGGGCAGAUGAAGAUUGUGUAAAGAUUCUAAAAAACUGUUGGAGAAGUCUUCCUGAAAAGGGAAAAGUCAUAAUAGUAGACAUUGUUACACCAAUAGAACCAAAACAUGACGACAUUUUCUCCAACAUUGUUUUCAGCAUGGACAUGUUGAUGUUAACACACUGUUCAGGUGGUAAAGAGAGGUCUUUCUCUCAGUUUGAAGCUUUAGCCACUGCUUCAGGUUUUCUUAACUGUGAAAUCAUUUGUAUUGCAUUUUCACAUUGUGUUAUUGAAUUCCACAAAUAGAUGCAAAGUUUACAAAGCUAAGGCAAAUGGAUCCUAUCUGCGGAAAUUAUAAAAACUAAAAACAAGUCUUUCAUGGUUUUACUUGUUUGAAUAAAUAUUUUAUGUGUUGGUUGAUUGUAUUUGUUUCAAGAUUGUUGUAUUGGUUGUGUGUUUUUCAGUCAAGAGUGUGUUCAUCGUUUUGUGUCAGCAGUAUGUAAUAAUUCUCAUCAAUGUAAAAUAUGUGGUUUGCAUUAA